GGCGCGGCGGCCGCGGCUCCUUUAAGGGCGCGGAGCGGGGCCGGUGCGGGGUCUGGCGGAGGAGGGUCGAGCCCCGGGGAGCGGAUCCCCACGCAGGCGGAUGAAUGGCGGCGGCGGACGACCUCAAAUUCCAAGAAUUUGACGAUGCAGCUAAUUUGCUUGCAGCAAAUCCUGAUGCCACCACCAUAAGCAUUGAUGAGCCAGUCGAAAUCCCCAAGAACCAGCACAGCCGCCAGCAGGAGCCAGGGAGGGAAGAGGAUGACGAGUUACUGGGGACCGACGACUCCGAUAAAACAGAGCUGCUUGCAGGACAGAAGAAAAGUGCCCCUUUCUGGACAUUUGAGUACUACCAGACCUUCUUCGAUGUGGACACGUACCAGGUCCUGGACCGAAUCAAAGGUUCAGUGUUCCCAGUGCCAGGGAAGAACUUUGUAAGGCUGUACAUCCGCAGCAAUCCUGACCUUUAUGGUCCGUUUUGGAUAUGUGCCACACUUGUCUUCACCAUUGCUGUUAGUGGCAAUCUCUCGAAUUUCUUCAUCCAUCUGGGCAAACCCACAUACCACUAUGUGCCUGAGUUCAGAAAAGUGUCCAUAGCAGCAACAACGAUUUAUGCAUAUGCUUGGCUUGUUCCCCUUGCUCUCUGGGGAUUCCUGAUGUGGAGGAACAGCAAAGUUAUGAACAUUGUCUCCUACUCGUUCCUGGAGAUAGUGUGUGUAUAUGGCUACUCCCUCUUCAUUUACAUUCCCACAGCGAUUUUGUGGAUCAUUCCACAGAAAGUGGUGCGCUGGGUGCUGGUGGUGUUCUCCCUGUGCCUGUCAGGGUCUGUUUUGGUGAUGACCUUCUGGCCCGCUGUCCGAGAUGACAACCGGAGGAUUGCACUGGCCACCGUGGGCACCAUCCUUCUGCUCCAUGCCCUGCUGGCUGUUGGCUGUUUGGCAUACUUUUUUGAUGCCCCUGAACUUGAUUUUCCUGCACCUAUUAUCCCUGCUCACAAUGGAACAACAGUAACAACAAAGAGUCACUAAGUAAGAUUACAAUGCCGGUUUCUCCAUCUGUACAGUAAUUUUAUUUUAGAUUUUUUUUUUUUUGCUGAAGACCAUGGAAACUGCAAGAAUGGGGGAUGUUUUCUGUAGCAGAACAGACAGCGAUGUCCCAUGGACAUACGGACAUCCCCAUGCUCACUGGAGACACUGGUUCCAUGAGCAGAGCAAACCAUUGAUCACAAUCUAUAACACAAGGGAUUUUUUUGUUUGUUUGGGUAUUUUUUUUUCUUAGUUUUGUGGUUUUUGUUUUGUUUUGUUUUUUAAUUCGGUCUACAUUCGCCACGCUCUUUGCCUCUCAAUAAAGCGUUUUGAAGGCGA